AUGAACAAUAUAUUAUGUAAGCAUCAUCCAGAUAAUCAAAUUAUUUUUAUAAUUUGGAAUUAAAAUAAGCUAUAAUUAGUAUGUGAUGAAUGCAUGGGAAUAACUCAUUAAGAAGGGAUUCUUAAGGAUGACAAAUGGAAAAAAUUAGCUAUCAGAAAGGCCUUCAAAGAACCAGAAUAUUUCUUAUAGUAAUUUAAAUUGGAUGAUAAAAAUUAAAGUCUAAUGAAAUCAAUCGCAAAAUGCCCAGAAAGUUAAUUAAGAGAUCUUAUUCAAAGAAUUGAAGCAAAUCUUAAGGAUAUACAAAUAACCUUAGAUAAAGUCAUUAAUGAUCUAAAAGGGGAGGUUUGUAAUAUAUUAAAUAACAAAAGCAACUUUAGGAAAUAAUUAGAAAAAGUAUUAUUAUAUAUAUAAAUAGGUAUCAGAGUAUUCUAAAUUUAAAGAAUUAAUUGAAAGUCUUAAUAAUACAUCAUAAACAAUAACUCAUGAUGUUGUCAAUUAAGUAGAAACAAAGUUAUAAGAAAUAUUCAUAAAUCUUGAAUAAGAUACUAGUAAUUUAAAUAAGGAAAUAUAGAAUUUUUCAGUAUCUACUACGAUUAAUAGAAUUGAUAUGUUUUAAGGAAUUUAAUAAUUUAAGGAAUAAAUCAAAUAAUUUUUAAAUCUUAUAGAACCAAAUAAUAAAUUCAUUGUUUUUGAAUCUUAUUUCAAAGAUGUUUUAUUAAAUAAAAUUAGUUUAGAUGCUGGAAAAACAAUUAAAAGCACUAACUUAAUAUUUCAUGAAAAUAAAUAAAAUUUGAAUCAUUACUUAUUUUGGAAAUGUGUCUAAAAUAAAAGCAAUUUAUUAAUGAUAUUUAAAUCACAAAGUGGAAAUAUCUUCGGUGCUUACAGUCCAUUAUAAUGGGUAUAUGAAGACAAAAAUAUUGACGAUCAUUCAAAAACAACUUUUUUAUUUUCAUACACUCAUAAAUCUAUACAUAAAUUAAUAAAUCAAGACAAAUAAUAUUCAAUAUAUUUUAAAAAAGAGAAUGGGCCUUGUUUUAGUGAGGACUUAUACAUAAAGAGUGAUUUUUAAGAUGGAUUUUCAAGAUUAGGUACAUCUUAUUCAAGUGAGAAUUCAAAAAACCCAAGUACACAUUUAUUUGGAUAAAUAACUCCAAACAUAAUAGAAUGUAGAAUAUUUUAAAUAAUAUUCUAAUGA